ACUAGCACAAUCCUGGAAUCACUCGGUGGACCCUCCUGGUUAGAAUAACGCAAGCACACGGACAAGACUGACCAGCGCCUCUACAAGAGUUGUCAACAAUGUUUCGCCCGGGAACCCAUGGUCAAGCUCUUCGUGUGUUCGAGCUGCAAGAAGAUCUACUAUUGCUCUCGCGCAUGCCAGAAAAAGAACUGGAACCAUCACAAGCAUAUUUGUGCAGAACAGAAAGCCUUGAACCAGAUCUUCGACGGGCUCUCUUUGUUGAGCCCGUUGGCUGCACAAAGGCAGAAGCAUUGGUUCGAGUGGCGACAAUGCAUAGACGAACGGCCUUACGUCAACGCGCUGCGUUUGCACAAAGACUGUGGUCAGGCGCGAACACACCUCAUAAUAGAGGAAUCGGUGUAUACCCCUGAUGCGGACAGGCGCUUCACAGUCGUGAGAUGUGGGGUGUUUCGAAUUCAUGAAGCCCUGACAGAGAUCGAGCGUAUCAUGAGGCUCAAACCCGGUGGGGGCGCCGAAGCUUGCAGCCAUUCGCUGAAAAGGCAACCUCAAGAUGGGCCUCAGUCCAUUGCCUUUAUCGUCUUUCGCUUCAGCGAAGGCGUCGCUCCAUGGCUAGAUCGUCGCACGAUAGAUGCCGAAGACCUUGAACAGAUGCCGUAUAAUCCAAAAUGGCGUCAGGACAUAAACAAGGACCACCCUCCAGCAAAGCUCAUACUUAGCGAAGACCUAAAGGACGCGGAAUUCGACUGAGUUCAUCUAGAAAGAAGCAAUCUCACUCGAGUCACGGCUCCCGGCGAUCUCAUCUGCUUGCUGAAGCACCGCUUGCGGUAAACCUCUUAGAGGCAAGAAACCACUGUGAUUCUACAUGUACCGAUGUUUCUUACCGGAAGUUUGUUAUCCCUCUAAUGCAAGCAGUGCUCCUGCGCUUCGGUCC